GUUUUUGUACACUGCCAAAACAACCAAUCAAGAUGAAAUUUUUAGUGAUUUUGGCGUCGUUCGUUUUCGCCACAUGUGCAGACCGUUUGGAGAACACCUACCUGCCCCCUAACAGCGCUCAAACUGCUGCAGGAAACGGCAAUAUCCUCGCCGCCCCCAUAAACAAAGCUAGACCAGCCGCCCCUUCUCAAGGCGCUCCAUCUCAACCUCAUGCCGGACCCGCCUCCCCUCAAGUUAACAUCUUGAGAUUCGAGAACGAAAACAACGGCGAUGGAUCUUACAACUAUGGAUUCGAGACCGACAAUCACAUUCAACAACAAGAAUCCGGACAUUUAAAGGCUGGCGCAGACGGUGAAUCCGUGGAAGCUCAAGGUUCAUACACGUUCACCGCUCCAGACGGCCAAACGUUCACCAUUCAGUACGUCGCCGACGAAAACGGAUUCCAACCACAAGGAGCUCACCUUCCAACUGCCCCACCAGUACCAGAGGAAAUCCUAAAAGCGUUGGAGAAAAACGCCGCCGACGAAGCCGCAGGAAUCGUAGACGAUGGACAAUACAGACCUGACGCUUCCGAAGGUAAAUACUCAGGAAACGGUCAAGGACAAACCGGAAACGGAGGAUACAAAUAUUAAAUUACUCGAAGGCUGUUUAUAAAUAUUUAACUUAUUUAUCGAUAAAUAAAUUA